AUGGUCACAAACGAGAUAACCGGAAAUCUAAGAGAUCGCUUCAUCCAGGGAGCCGUCCUAUUGUACCUCAUAGACCCCGUCCGAGCCGAGCCCUCAGCCUACGGUCUAGACAAAGACUCCAAUCUCCUUGACCAUCCCCAAGAGCUGUUCUUGAAACGCAAAUUCCUUGACUCUUUCGCACUUAUCUGCGCUAUCAAGAAAGAUCCAAAGUCCGUCUCGGCAGCAUGUCUAGAAGAAGGGCAGCCGGAAAGCACGGUAGUGAGAAUCGCUAGCAAUGGCGGUGUAGCCCCGGACACAGUCAGAUCUUUACAGGGUCUUGUGGAUAUGCUCGGGAACAAAGCUAUGAAAGAUGUUGACCCCUCUGAAUUGGAGAGAGCUGUCCUGUUGAAGAUUAUCCAACUUGACGUUGUCAAGAUACGAGAUUACAUGAAGCGUCUGAAGACUUCACACAAUUUCUUCGAUGUACAGAUCCUCGAAGUACAAUCUAGACUGGUAGAUAUAGCGUCGGAGGCGACGUCGCCAUCAAUUCAAAAUUUUCUGGAUUGGUUCAAACAACUCUUCUCCAUCAGAAAUUUGCCCAACGAGCUGACACCGACGGUGUUGCUGGGAUAUAUUGUUUGGGCACAGAAGGCAAAGCGAGCAUACUACAAGUAUCUCUCACUUGCUUUUGCCGGUCCAAAUGGUUGUCUACCCCGCUGGGUGAAAGUACUCUUCAAACUCGGGCGGUACGGCAUUGCUGCGAGGGCUUUCGUUCAAACCUCAAUCAAUUUUCCGGCUCUGUUCGAUUCGAUGAUAGUUGAGGCUGUAUCUGCACCUCCAAGGGUGUAUUACGCUCUCCAGGAUGACAAGAAACCGCUUGAUCGCGUCCUGCGUCGAGUACCAGAAGUCAGGGUAGAAGACGCGAUACCUCGACUUUCUAGUAUUUGGAGCACCAAUAAUCCCGAGACCACCUUCCGAGACUCAUGUCCGGAAAUGCUAGUUACCCACGCCGAAAUACAGCUGAUCAGCUUCUACGAUCACAAUCCGACGCUACGACCUCAUGUCAGAUUCAUAGGAGUGAGCAAGAAGUCUUGUUACCUGUGCUGGCGAUUCCUCCAGACUCAUCCAAGCGGCUUCUAUGUUUCAUCUUGCCAUCAGAAGUUGUAUCCAUCAUGGAUACCUGCUCCAUCGACGGAUCUUCAAGUGUACAAGAAGUACAAACAAAUCACGCUAGACAUGAGCGUAAUGAUGGAGAAGAUUGCACGAGAGGAGUUGAUCGGUCGUCUUGGGCUGAAAAGACUUAUGCCUGCAGAUUCGACAGCUGGUGUGUCGCUUUCUGGCCUGACUGAAUUGGGGAAAACGGGGAUCCCAGAUUGUGCUGGACGUGGUGGAGUCAAGAUUGAUUUUGCCUCUGCUUCUGGCGACGCUGCUCCAGAGCGUCACGAAGCUCUGGCUGAUAUUGAGUCACCAUCUAAUAACUCGCGAUACAGCAGUGCCAGCGAUUUGACAUCUACUUGUACAAGGCAAAAUUCUUUGGAGACGGAGUCCGGCAAGUCUAUCUCGUCGAUGGUCUUUCGUUUCAAGGACCAAAGGGACCAGAAGAAGCAGGACAUCAUCACGAUUGACAGCAUAGUCAAUCCUGACACUCAACUUCCGUCAUGGUCAAAACUCCUCGAUCUCCUUAAUUCAGAAGACAGCUUCGGGCUUGUGUUUCGGGACUCGGAUUUCUUGUUUGUCAACAACAGUAUUCGGAUUCGGAAUGAGCGACAGUUUCUUGCUUGCUUACAAUGGCUACUUAAUGAGGGUGUCUGGAACGCAGAGGCAAUGAUUUGUGAUAGUUGUGUUUCGCCUCAAGAUUCUGGGGAUCAAGGAAUGAAAGGGGAAGUAUAA